CACCAUUGUUGUAUCUGACGUGGCAAUGACCUCUUCCGCUUGGGCUUAAAAGAGCUUGGACAAUUUCAAACAUUCGUAACACCACGAAACCGGCCACCCUUUCCCCCUAAAAUAUCACAGCACAAGUAGCCAAAGCUUACUAAAUCCUUUUCUUCCCACAUUAAAUUAUCCCCUUUUAUUUCCAUUGACUUGCUCUCUUUAAAUACUUCUUGUCCCCCUAUUGUUCAUAGCCAGAUAAUACAAUAAUAAUGCUAUUAAAUUUUUCUUCAUCAUUCACUCACCAUUUCCUUGGUCCUCUCCAAUUCAUUCUAUUUUCUUGAUUUAAAAUUCAACAUGGAUUCAUCAGAUUUUCCUACUAGUAAAUCGCCAAGGAAAGAACUUCAAGGUCCUCGUCCGGCCCCUUUGAAGGUCCGUAAAGACUCCUACAAGAUCAAGAAACCUCCGUUGGCACCACAACCAGUGCAACAACAACCGGCACAGAUUAGGGCUCCGGUAAUCAUCUACACUGUGUCACCAAAGGUAAUCCAUACAAACCCUAGCGACUUCAUGGACCUAGUUCAACGCCUAACAGGCUCAACAUCGGCGUCUUCGGGAUCUUCAUCGCUUGCAUCAUCAACAUCCAGUCGUCCAUUCCAUGAUACCAGCGCUGCAAUCUCACCAGCGGCAAGAUUCGCGACUAUAGAGAAGACAAAGUCACCAGAAGGGAAGAAGCAACAAAUUAGCGAAGAAAACUUUGGGUUUGUACAGGGCGUGGAGAUGAAUCAUGGGGUUGAAAGAACAAGUUUCUUUCCAGGGAUUUUGUCUCCUGGGCCAACCUCACUGCCUCCAAUAUCACCAAACUUCUUCUCACCACCAUUUGAUCCAAACUCAAGCAAUUUCUUCCAAGAUUUGAGCCCCGUGCUGCAUGGUAACAGAAAUUUCUUAGAAGGGAGUUUCAUGCCUAGUCCUUCAAGCUUUAAUAUUUCACCUUAUAUAACAUCUCCUAGUACUCCAUCAAUAGAUCUUUUCAACAAUUUCUUUGACCUUUAAAGACAAAAAUUUCCUCUUAGCAAGAAAUAGAAAUAGAAAUUCUUUUCCCUUUGAUUUAUAGGGUUUGAAAACAGAAGGAGAUGUUUGUUAGAGCUGUGCGUUUGCAUUUUUCUGCAACUUGAAUGGUGAGGGUGGAGGACUAAAGUGGAAAUUGGAUGUUUAUUUUUGGUAGGUUUGCUAGUUGGAAACUUCUUAAUGGCCUUAUCUUCUUAUUCUUCUUCCGAUGUUAAUUUGGUGGGCCACAUGGUAGGGAGGUUCUGCCUCAUAAAUCCAGGGAUGCCCAUCAUUUUUUUUUCUCCUUUUUUAUUAUACAAUUUUUUCCCUCUCAUAUGUAGCAGAAGUGGCCUUGUAAUUCGAAAGCAUAAACAUUACUUCUUCUUCUUAUUUA